AUGCCUCGAUAUACAGCAGCCCACGCCAACCUUCAAGGACCCGGGGAUGCCCGACCAACAGCCCUACAGAUCGUUAAAGACGAAGAUUUGGUAGGAAAACUCACCGACAAGGUCAUCCUCGUCACAGGUGGAAACUCGGGUCUUGGUCUCGAGACUGCCAAAACUCUUCAUGCAACUGGAGCUACCGUUUAUAUCACGGCAAGGACUUCAGAGAAACUUGAAGAGGCCAUCAAAGACAUCAAAGCAUGGCCUGAGGCGGAAUCUUCUGCGCCUGUAUACGGUAUCGAGUUGCAGCUCGACUCUCUUGCAUCUGUGCGAGCUGCUGCCAAGAAGUUUUUGGAGAAAAGCGAGAAACUGAACAUUCUCGUUCUCAACGCUGGCGUAAUGGCCACUCCAGAAGGACGAACUGAGGAUGGUUUCGAAACGCAGUUCGGCACCAACCAUCUUGGCCAUUUCCUGCUCUUUGAGCUACUGAAGCCCGCUCUUUUAGCCUCUUCGACUCCAUCCUUCCAUUCCCGCGUCGUCUCUCUUUCUUCCAAGGGCCAUCGAUAUGGAGGUGUUCGCUUCGAUGAUUUCAACUUCGAGAAGGAACCUUAUUCUCCUUGGAUCGCUUACGCCCAAUCCAAGACAGCAAAUAUCUACUUCGCAUCCGAACUGGAAAGACGAUACGGAAGUCAAGGCCUUCAUGGUCUCUCUGUUCAUCCUGGCUUUAUCUUUACUAAUCUGGCUCGUCAUAUCGAUGUCAAUCAAAUUGAUGUCAAAGGAGACACAGACAAUUACAUGAAGAAUAUUGAGCAAGGUUCUGCGACGACGGUCUAUGCGGCACUCAGUAAAGACUGGGAAGGCCGAGGUGGGAGAUAUCUGGCAGAUUGUGAUGAGGAACCACCACUGAAGCCAGGCGUUGAUCCUGAGACUUUUGCGCCAGGAUACGCAUCAUGGAUCUACAAUGAAGAAGCAGAAGGCAGACUGUGGGCAGAGUCUCUUAAGCUCGUCGGGCUGGAGAAAGACUAA